AUGACAACGCUUCCAGUGCUUCGCCGCGCCCCAAUGAACUACAGCGUGGCAUUCGUGUACCAUUGGAGCGUCCUGCAGAACCCUGUCCAGCCGACUCACGAAGCGAUUGGGCACUUGUCGGCGUGUUGGCGUCUGGCGGAGCGCAUUGCUGAGGGAGCGACGGGCGAGCCGAACGCGCAGCAAUACCGCGACGACUGCACCGACAUCCACGCUGCUCUCAAUGACUUGCUUGCGCAGCUUCAGGCGGAAGGCGGAGAGGCGGGAGGCGAAGGAACCCUUGCGACGUUGCUCACGCAGAUGCAGCAGAUCAGCGAGUCGCUCCAGCGCAUCGAGAACGAGCAGGCCAAGUUGGCAAACUAUAUUCGCGUUCGUCACCACCCGCAGGACGCCAAGCUCCUUCCCAUCCGCGAUUCGGUCAAUUUUGCUCUCCCUCCGCACACGCUUGACAGCCUCUGCGCUAUCCACGCCCUUCAGCUUGAUCAGCUCACCGCUUGCCUUGAGCACUACGGUCUCCCGCCUCCCGAGUCAAUUCUCAGUACUGAAUACCAGCUCGAGGAUGCAGCCAAAAGUCUCAUCGCCUACGUAACCGGUCUCUGA